UCCGCCAUGUCGCAUCUAGAUUACAACGCCUUUACUCAUCCGUCAUUACGCCAACAGCAACCCCAAAAUGACCUUCCCUCGCCGUCGUCCCCCAAUGCUCCUGCUCCCUACACAGACAACCCGACCUCCCCCAUAGAAGGUCCCUCCGCCGACGACCACCUCUUCUCCUCCGCUCCUCCGCCUCCACCUCCCCAUCGCGAUCCUCUGGCCGGCCCAGCACAUGGCGACUCCCUCAAUCCCGGCCGCCCCUAUGCUCACGACCCGAACAACUACUCCGACUACUCGCCCCCCGCCUCCAUCGGCAUGGACAACACGAGCGAUGGCGCUUCAGCCACCACGAGGGGCUCCUUCCUCCAGCAACACUCAGCCGCCCCAUUAGGAAUCCCCCAGGCCCACGAGCGCACUCCCUUCUCCGACCAAUACGCAUACGACUCUCCCACCCCGCCCCGCGCCAUCCACUCCCAGCACUCGGCCGUCUCCUCCCCGUCCCUCGCUCCCCAAGGCACCUGGUCCAGCAACAGCUCACAGCGCAGCAUGCCUCUCAACGCAGGCGCCUACUCGGACAGCCCUUACAACCGCUACUCGUCCUCCAACCUGAACCUCGCCCCGCAAAUGGGCAUGAUCAACCCCAACGAGCUGGCCGACGAUGACGACUGGGGCAUAUCUCCCGCCCCCAACCAGCAAGCAAAGCGUCGCUCUUUUGUACCCUUUGGCUCCGGUAGCCGUGACGGAACCCCAAACAGCUCCAGUGCCGGCGUAGCAGGCGCUGCGGGAGCUGCUGCAGCUGCAGGAGGCGCACUCGCCGCUGGCGCCGGUGCGUCGGGCCCUGGAAGCGGAGCCUACGAUGCCGUGCCCACGAGGGAUUUCCGGGAAAAGGACGACUGGCGCGAGGGGGACAACACCAGCGGCAGGAAGAAGAACAUGUGGAUCAUAAUCGGCGUCAUCGCCGUCGUCGUCAUAGGUGCCAUUGUCGGCAGUGUCCUCGGUACCCAAUUGACCAGAGGCGGUAUUGGCAAAGCCAACGACAGCACUGACAACACAAAGGAGGCUGCCUCGGCCGUCCAAAAGGAUAAUCAGGAGGACCUGGGCCUCGACUCGGACGAGAUCAAGCAAUUGAUGAACAACAAGAACCUCCACAAGGUCUUCCCCGGCAUGGACUACACCCCGCUCAACACCCAGUACCCGGACUGCUCCAAAGUGCCCCCGUCUCAGAACAACAUCACCCGCGACAUGGCCGUCAUGUCUCAGCUGACCAACGCCGUCCGCCUGUACGGCACCGACUGCAACCAGACCGCCAUGGUCCUCCAUGCCAUGGAUCGUUUGGAGCUCACCGACAUGCAGUUGUGGGUGGGUGUCUGGCUCGACCAAGACGCGCCCACCAACAAGAGGCAGAUGGAGCAGUUUUACGAUACCGUCGACGAGGAAAUCAAGCACAAGAACAACCUGGAUCGCUUCAAGGGCGUCAUUGUCGGCAACGAGGUCCUCUUCCGCGAAGACCUCUCCAAGAGCGACCUGCUCGAACACAUCUCGUGGGUCAAAGGCAACCUGACCAAGCGCGGACACUCUCUGCCCGUCGCCACCUCGGACCUCGGUGACAACUGGACCGCCGAAAUGGCCACCGAGGUCGACAUCGUCAUGUCCAACGUCCACCCCUUCUUCGCCGGUGUCGAUGUCGGCAACGCUGCUGGCUGGACCUACGAGUUCUGGACAACCCACGACGUCGCGCUGACGGCCAGCGACAAGAAGAUCAAGCAGAUUGUCGCCGAGGUCGGAUGGCCCACGGGCGGCGGCAACGGCUGCGGCGAUCGCAACUGCACGACCGACACCGAGGGAUCCGUGGCCGGCAUCGACGAACUAAACCAGUUCAUGGAGGACUGGGUGUGCCCAAGCAUGAAGAACCAGACAGAGUACUUUUGGUUCUCCGCCUUUGACGAGCCCUGGAAGAUCCGGUACAACGAAGAAGGCAAAGAGUGGGAAGACAAAUGGGGUCUCAUGGACGUCAACCGCAAUCUUAAGAAGGGCGUCAAGAUUCCGGACUGCGGAGGCGACACUGUAUGA